CUUUAAAAGUGAGCAGAGAGUUCCAGCCCUCACUCUCAGAGCAGGACACCCGCGGGCAUCACAGCAAGAUAAAAUGACUCACCACUGUACCAAAUUCUCUGGCCACUGGAAGAUCAUAGUGUGGGACGAGGAGUGCUUCCAGGGCCGCCGGCAUGAGUUCACCUCCGAGUGCUACAAUGUGAUGGAAUUCGGCUUCGAGACGGUGCGCUCCUUCCGGGUCGAGAGCGGGGCCUGGGUGGGGUAUGAGCAUUCAGCCUACCAGGGGCAGCAGUUCGUGCUGGAGCGUGGCGAGUACCCGCGCUGGGACGCCUGGAGCGGCAGCAACGCCUACCACAUCGAGAGGAUGACCUCCUUCCGGCCCAUCGCCUGCGCGAACCACCGGGAGUGCAGGAUGACUAUCUAUGAGCGCGAGAACUUCCUGGGUCGCAAGGGCGAGCUGAGUGACGACUAUCCAUCACUGCAGGCCAUGGGCUGGUGCAACAACGAAGUGGGCUCUUUCCGUGUGCAGUCUGGGGCCUGGGUGUGCUACCAGUAUCCUGGUUACCGUGGCUACCAAUACAUAAUGGAGUGUGACCGUCACUGUGGGGAGUAUAAGCACUGGAGGGAGUGGGGAUCUCACGCCCAGACCUUCCAGAUCCAAUCCAUCCGCCGCAUCCAGCAGUGACCCUGAGUCCAGCCUUCAAUAAACUGUCUUUCUUAAACUA